UAAAUACACAAAAUAGCAUAAUGGCGAACUAUAUGAAGAAUGGGCCAAUUGCACGAAUGAUUAAAUUGCCACAAGGGCAUUAUAGAAGGGUAGGAAAUAGCGAUGCGCCAGACUUCCUUAAAGAUGUAAAUCUAGGGGAGCAUAUAUUUGAAGACCUACAAGCUUGCUGUGAAAACACAUGUUUUGUUAACGAAGAUGAAUAUGCAAAACUCAAACCAAAUUCAGAACUGUUCACCGAUGCCUGUGGCGAAAAAUUACAGGAAUUGACAGGAGCAGAUGACGCGCAACUAUUCUACGAUGCAUACAGCAAUAAACUGGCCCCAAGCGUUAAUGAAACUGGUGUACAGACGUCAUUCGAAGUAGAAGAUAGAGUAGAAAUAGCAGUGGCAACCACUCAAGAACAUAUUGAACAACAGGAUAGCAAUAGAGGAGAACAACUACAACAAGAUGAACAACAAGAUCAAGACACCAAAAACGAACAAGAACAAGCCAAAGAUGCAGCACAAGACCGACCAAGUGCUAUGACGGAUAGGUUGAACCAAAUGGGAAUUACUAUGCAAUUAGAUCCAACCAAUCCAGAUGUAUUUAAAAAUAACGGUGUACCAACAUUAUUCUACACCAAAGGAAGGAUUAACCCUACGCUAGUCAUUAUCACGAUCGACUACGAAUUGCAAGUUAUAUACAUGUCCAGAAAUUCAAUUAAUCGAUUCUUCCCAAUCAAACUCAUUAGUAGACUAGUAACAAGCCCAGACAUCAUACAAGAAGAGUUCGAAAAACAUAUAGAAGCGGAUAGAGAAAUUAAAUUGGAUAAUACUAUACUCAUCAAUGCAGCCAACUUCACAGACUCAGUAGCCAUACAGUUCCCCGACCCAAUAUUAAAGGAUAGAUUCACAAGUGAUCUCAAACAACUAAAAGCUGAUAUAAGAAACCAACAUCAAUGAAUUAACAUGGAACAUGAACG